ACUCUGUUAUCCUCCCCCCUCCAGACCUGAUAUAAUAGACUCUGCUAUCCUCCGUCCAGGGAGGCUGGAUCAGCUCAUCUACAUCCCUCUACCAGACACAGCCUCCCGUACCGCCAUCCUCAAUGCAAACCUACGCAAGUCCCCCAUCGCCAGAGAUGUAGACCUGGCCUACCUGUCUGGUAUCACCCAGGGUUUCAGUGGGGCAGACCUGACAGAGAUCUGCCAGAGGGCCUGUAAGCUGGCCAUCAGAGAGGCCAUAGAGGCUGAGAUCAAAGCAGAGCGCCAGAGACAGUCCCACCCAGGCACCGCCAUGGAUGAGGACUGCGACCCUGUUCCAGAGAUCAGGAAGGAUCACUUUGAAGAGGCCAUGAGGUUCGCCCGGCGCUCCGUCAGCGACAACGAUAUCAGGAAGUAUGAGAUGUUUGCCCAGACACUACAGCAGAGCAGAGGCUUUGGGAACUUCAGGUUCCCCUCUGGCUCUCAGUCCGGAGGUCAAGGGUCGGGGGCAGGGGGGCAGUUCAGAGACGAGGUAGAGGACGACCUCUACCAGUGAGAAGACUAUCACCUCUACCACACCUGCCUGCAUAUGAUGUGGAACUCUGGAUCAAUUAGACUGUUGUGGGAAUCAAAUACGGACAGAAUAACUUUUAACAGCACAUAACGUCUGUGCUUCUCAGCUUAUCGGUGUCUUAGAUGUUUCUCAUAACAACUGGUACAUCAUAAUAACUGGUACAUCAUAAUAACUGAUACAUCAUAAUAACUGAUACAUUAUAAUAACUGAUACAUCAUAAUAACUGGUACAUCAUAAUAACUGGUACAUCAUAAUAACUGGUACAUCAUAAUAACUCAUACAUCAUAAUAACUGGUGCAUCAUAAUAACUGGUACAUCAUAAUAACUGAUACAUUAUAAUAACUGGUGCAUCAUAAUAACUGAUACAUCAUAAUAACUGGUGCAUCAUAAUAACUGGUGCAUCAUAAUAACUGAUACAUCAUAAUAACUGGUACAUCAUAAUAACUGGUACAUCAUAAUAACUGCUGUAUUUGAGGAAAUUAGAGUCUGUUUGUUUUUUCUUGGAAGAAUCAUUAGUAAAAUCUGGAUGGUCAAAGUACAAUGAAUAUAACUGUGAAUGAGGAUUGUUGUUCUUAUGGUGUUUGAGCUGGUCAUCAUGGAAGGAAUGCUGAUUCACAUCUGAAAUGUAAUAAAUGGAGUGUUUGUU